AUGCAUGCUCACACACUUUUGGCAAGCUGCAAACCAAACUUUUUAACAACAUCAUCGCUCGAAACAGACGCUGAAGGUGGUCACAACUUAAAUCCCUCUUUAAGCUCUGCAGUUUUUCUUUUCUUUGAUGUCAAAAGACUGAAAAGCUACUGGCUUCUCCCCGUGUCUGCCCUCAACACUCCCCAACCAGCAAGCACCACCAGACUUUACAGCAAGGGAAUGUACUGCAAUGUACAAGAGUUGGUGACGCCUGUAGGAAAUGGGAGGAUGAAUUCGUGUAACACGGCGGCCUGUCAGGGAGGUUCAGUAAAUAUAGGAAACCAAUCGGUUCUUGUAGCCAAAAGUCCAGACGUCUACAGAUCCUGUAAAGAUGUGAAGAACUCCACAAAACCAAGACAACUGGUCCAACUGUCGUCUGGUCUUGUCGUCAUGUGUGACACAGUGACAGAUGGAGGGGGCUGGACAAUUUUUCAACGUCGUGUCUCUGGACUGGUGAGCUUUUACAGAAACUGGACGGAGUACAAGAACGGCUUUGGAGAUUACGGCAUUGUUUUUCCUCAGAAAGCCAGGGUUACAGAAUGUAUGUAA